CAUGAAUAUUCAUGAGCCGGAGGGUGGGAGGGAAGUGGACACAGUUGGUUUACCUCAGGUGUCCCGCUGUCGUCUGACACAAACCCAGCCACAACUUCUCCUUCCAUGAGUGUCCAAGGAAAUACAUCAUGGAAGAGCUAUGCGUCUUAUCGACGUAGGAAGGAAAGAGAGACGUCUUAGAUGCGACACAGGCCCAGCGAAGAUUAUCGGAACCACUUGUUGGAAGCGACGGGAUAUCCGACACAACGGACCGCUAGUAGGACAAGGUGAAGCAGUCAGGAUCUAGAGGAGUUCCCAUUGUUUGAUCAGCUUGCACAGGACCAUGGCAGACCACAUGGAACUAGUGGCAGAAAUGCCCCUCCUCGAGCGGCUAAGUGCUUCCGAUCGUCUGGCGCACGCCAAGAAGCGCCGCACACAGCAGCUGAAGCAAUGGGUACACCGACAGAAGGAGUUGGACAAGAAGAGCAAGAAGAGAAAGGAUGUGCCAAAGCAGGAGAAGACGUCUAAGAAAAGACUGAAGUUUGUGGACACAGUCACGCUUCUGGACUCUGCUGCAAGAGACGAUGUCCAUGAAGUUGCAGAGUUGCUGAAAUCUGGUGUGAGUCCAGAUAUGACCAACAGUGAUGGCCUAACUCCCCUACACCAGUGCUGUAUAGAAGGUAGUGAGGAGAUGAUGAAGGUGUUGGUGGAGGCAGGUGCUAACGUGAACGCUGUGGACUGUGAGCUGUGGACUCCUCUCCAUGCAGCUGCUACCUGCGGACACAUCAACCUGGUCCGCUACCUCAUCAACAAUGGUGCGGAUGUGUUGGCCGUAAACGCGGACGGGAACAUGCCGUACGACAUCUGUGAGGACGAGACAGCGCUGGACUACAUCGAGUCUGUGAUGGCGCAGAAGGGCGUGACCCAGGACCAGAUUGAGCGGCUGCGGGGGGGCCGGGAGCAGGCCAUGCUGGACGACCUGAGGGACAGGGCCAACCAGGGCAUGGACCUGGAGUUCACAGACAAGGAAGGAGCAAGUCCGCUCCACAUUGCAUCAGCCAAUGGCUAUGAGAGAGUAGCAGAGUUCCUGCUGGACCACCACGUGUCUGUGGACAUCAGGGACAAGGACGGCUGGCAGCCCAUCCAUGCAGCAGCCUACUGGUCUCAGCCUGAACUUGUGGAUUUGCUACUCUCCAAUGGUGCUGACUUGGAUGCAAAAACAAACUGGGGGGAGACACCCAUAGAGGUAACCGAGGAUGAGAACAUCAGGAAGAGACUGGAAGAGUGGAAGACCAAGGCUGCUGCCAGGAAGGCCCAGGAUCGCUGGCGAGCCGCCAUGAGGAAAAACUCUAGCGCUAGCACCAGCAGGAGGAAAAGGCCCCACUCACUUCUAGCUGGUGGAAGACCCUGUGAUGAAUUCAGUGCCAUGCGUAAGAGCAGCGUGCGGGAACGGGAGGAGAUGAUGAGACGAGAAUCCCGCGGGGAGGGGAAGGCUCUGCUGGCUCGGGUGGAGGACCAGGAUGCAGUAGACACACGGCUGGAGGAGACAAACAUUGAUGACGUCACAGUAAACAUGGAAGCUGGUCCUGGUGUGCCGACUGUCACGGUCACAGAACCGGAGGACUCCCCUAACACGGCACCAACGCCAGACACACAGUCUGCACCACACAGGACUGAACCCUCUCACACUAGCAGUGACAAACCCUCCUCCCCUGCCCGUGCAGUAACCCCUGCAGUCCCCACAACUGGAGUCACUCCUGGGACCAACACAGCUUCUACAAACACAGUAUCUACUGCCACAGUGGCAGUGACGCCCCCUGGCGAUGCAGUGCAGCCCGCAGAGACAGCAAACACCGCCCCUCCGGCGUCCCAAAACCGCGUCGUGUUGGACGAGAACAAGGAAAACCGGGAGGGCGACAGGAGUCGGAACGGGAACCGAGAUUCCGCGCUGAGGAGCAUGUUGGACGCAUUCAAGUCGGACAGAUACCAACUGGUGUCGGGCAAGCCGAAAAGUAACGGGGCGCCACAGACUCUCGCGGAGUUGAAGCGACAAAGAGCCUUGGCACUAAGACAGCAGUUAAGCAGUACUUUUUCAAACGAAGGGAACAGUAACAGUAGUGACCAAGGCUCCAGGACUCCCAGUCAGAACGGUGGGGACAACACGGCUUACCCGUACAUUAACACCACGGGGUCACUCGACCCCCCCAUGCAGAGGUUCAAGAGUCCAGUCCAGGAGGUGGUAGGGACCAGGAAGACAAGCUGCUGUGUUGUAAUGUAACAACUCAGACCAACAGAAAUCUAAACAGCACUGGAGUGAGGAUUCACCAACACCAUCAGAAGAAAUUCUUCUUGAAGCCCUGGGAAAGUGUUUCCUCAGUCCUGCUGUAGUUUGAGGGCAUCAGUGUAAAAGGAACUGCUUUAUAAUUGUAUUGAUAAUAGAUAGAUAGAUAAUUGAUUUUCUAUAGCCAUGAGCGCAACAUUAUUACGACCCAGGUGGUAUGUAUAAAUCAUCACAUUCAAUAUACAACUGAUUUAUCAAGAACAAUUUCUAUGAGAAACUGUAGUUUACAGCUUUCUAACUUGAAGAUGUUAUUCGGAGUAAAAUAAGGUAUACUAUGGCAUUAUUAUUGGUACUUUAUAUGAGAUAUACACAGUAUCCUUGCACAGCUGCUAAUAAAAGACUGGCCAAACAAACUAUGGGUAGCAGCUUAUAUGGAUAAUCAGGUGUUGCAGUGCAGACUGCACCCCUGUCCAAACUAGGCUAAUGGGUAUAUUUUGGCCAGGGGUAUAUUCUGAACUGCAACACCAAUAUAAUGCUGUAAGUAUACCAUACAUGUGGCUCUCACGUGGGGUUUGUGUCUAGAUGAUAUUAAUACCUCAGUAACACUAUAUAAUAUACAACAUAGACAUAGUGGCAUUGCGACGGCCACUAACAUUACAUAUGAUGCAUUGUCAUACAUGUAAUUUUUAACUUACACACAUACAUGUAGGCAUCAAAAAUAUGUAUGUAAGCUAUACUUUCCCAAGAACAAUUUUCCAACGUUCUUUUACUCUAUGUAACAAAUGUGAGUGGGAGUGGGACAGAGAAUAUUUCAACUCUGCUAACAGGGAAUGCAGAUUAAAAAUGGCUAUUGUUUGAAAUAAGGCCCAAUCUAUACACAGUUUUUACCGAUAUCUGUGGAUGUGUC